AUGGAAAAUAUUUUUUCACAAACAAGUAGUGAGGCAUUCGACAAGGAACAUAGUUACAAUAGUGAUGACAAAGAAAGUGAAAGCGAGUAUGAGGAAGAGGGGUUAGAAACAGAUAAUCCACGGAUGCGUAUUGGUAAUAUGUAUUUUAAGGGAGAAUAUGAUGAAUCGAUUGGAACUGAUCUCGUGUUUUGUCAAGAACCUGAUGAAGAUUCUUUUUCUGUAAAUGAUAUGAACUGUUGGGAGGAUUUAAAAUAG